AUGUUUUCUCCUGUGACAGAGGCCGAGACGCGACAGAAACUGCUGCGCAAUGUUAAGAAAGAGGUGAAACAAAUUAUGGAGGAGGCAGUAACGAGGAAAUUUGUGCACGCAGACAGCAGCCACAUCAUAUCCUUCUGCGCUGUAGUGGAGGCCUGUAUGCUACACGGAUUGAAGCGUCGAAUUGCAGGCCUGCUGUGCAGUAACAAGGUUGCAGCUCUCUUUAUGAAGGCGGCUAAAAGCUAUUCCCCUGCUGAGGAACUCUGCCAUAAGGUCCAGGAGAUGCAACAGCUCAUCGAAAACAGCAAGCAGAACAAUUCUUCUCAGAGUAACGACCGCAGUCGGCAAUCCAAGUUGGCCAACAUCCCUCCUCAGGCACUGAAACACCUGUGGAUCCGGACUGCACUGAUAGAGAAGCUCCUGGACAAGAUUGUCAUGUACUUAGUGGAGAACAGCAGUGCCUUCUACGAGAAAGAAGCCAUGCUGUUGGAUCCUGUGGAUGGACCAAUUCUUGCAUCUCUAUUGGUUGGCCCUUGUGCUUUGGAGUACACCAAAGUUAAGACUGCAGACCAUUUCUGGACGGACCCGUCUGCUGAUGAGCUCGUGCAGCGACACCGAAUCCACAGCGGCCACUGUCGUCAAGAUUCACCCUCCAGACGGCCUGCCCUGAUCCAGAAGAGACAGUCCAGUGGUAGCAUGGAUGAUCGCCCUCUCAUGUGGGUGAGGGACUACGUUGAAUCACUCCACCAAAACUCCAGAACUACACUUCUAUUUGGAAAGAACAAUGUCCUGGUGCAGCCGAGAGAUGACAUGGAGGCCAUCCCAGGUUACCUUUCUCUACAUCAAACUGCAGACCUCAUGACACUGAAAUGGACACCCAAUCAGCUGAUGAAUGGAAAUGUGGGCGAGCUUGAUUCUGAGAAAAGUGUGUAUUGGGAUUAUGCUAUGACGAUUCGUUUAGACGAGAUUGUGUACCUCCACUGUCAUCAGCAAGUGAACAGUGGUGGGACAGUCGUUUUGGUGAGCCAGGAUGGGAUCCAGAGACCUCCUCUGCAUUUUCCUAAAGGAGGACAUAUCCUCCAGUUUCUCACCUGCCUGGAGACCGGCCUGCUACCUCACGGACAGCUUGACCCCCCACUCUGGAAUCAAAGAGGAAAGGGAAAGGUUUUCCCCAAACUGAGAAAGAGGAGUCCGCACGGCUCAUGUGAUUCUGUAUCCGAUAAAGAAGAUGAUGAAGCAACCGAUUAUGUGUUUCGAAUCCUCUUUCCUGGCAAUCAGAUGGAGUUCACAGUGGCCCUGGAGCUGAUGGAGCAGGGAGUGAACAUUUGGCAACCGACGCCCCGAAAGUCCUCCUGCUCCUCCUGCUCACAGAAUGGCUCUUCUGAUGGCUCUCUGCCUAAUGGCUGUAAUCAGGAAAGGGCUCCCUUAAAGCUCCUCUGUGACACAAUGAAGUACCAGAUCAUCUCCCGUGCUUUCUAUGGAUGGCUUGCAUACUGCCGUCAUCUGUCCACGGUUCGCACACACCUAUCUGCUCUGGUCAACAUCACUAUAGUUGAUCCUGAUGUGCCCUGUGAUUCCCGAGGAGGCCUCUCUGUGGAGGUCUGGGGCCAAUUCCUCAACGACAGCUCUGUGUUUGAUGCAGAGGAGAUACACAGGCUUGUGUAUUAUGGUGGUGUGGCUCCUUCACUACGCAAAGAGGUCUGGCCUUUCCUGUUGGGACACUACCAGUUCACCAUGACAGCCAAAUGCCGACAAGAGAUUGACGAGCAGAUGCGGAUCAUGUAUGAGCAGACGAUGAAGGAGUGGCAGGGGUGUGAGGCCAUCGUCCGUCAGAGGGAGAGCGAGAAGCAUGCUGAGGCCAUCGCCAGAUGUUCGUCUGGAGCCAGUGUGGAGAGAGGCCCUGUGCAGCGGGACUCCACCAUCAGCACAGAUUCAUCUCUGUGUAGCAGCUCAGAUCCACAGAGUGCCGUCUCACAAAGUGAUUCCAGUAACAGCGCACAGGUAUUUGGAUCGGUUGAGGCAGUGGAUCAGAUUGAGGCUGAACCCAAGGCUGAGACAGAAAUACAGCACAGUAGUCCAGUGAAGGAUAUCACAAGUGGCACCACAGGUGCCCCACAGAUUCCCUCUGGCAGCCCCUCCUCUCCGGGUCUGACAAAUCAGCAGCCAUGUUCAAAAAUCAGCCCUCUUCUAAUAGAGCCAGCUGUUGGAUCCGCAACCAUUCAGCCGUCAGUGGAAGAAUCUGAAAUCUUAAAUGAGAAAACAACUGCACUGCAGGAAGAGGAGGUAAAGGAGCCAGUAGCUAGUAGUAAUGUCGAGGUGUUUGAGACAAACACGGAGACCGUUUCAGAAGGUGAGGUUCAGGACUGUGGAAUCAGUGAGUCACAAGAGACAUUUAACUCUAAAGAAAUAACGGAAGUAGAAGAAAAAGGUGUUUCAACAAGUGAGCCAUUUGAAGACUUGAAAGCAGUAGACACAAAUAUGAAUUUAAGAAGUGUUCCAGAAAGCACAAAUGUUCUAAAACUAGAGACAGAGAUCCAUAAUGAAUAUUUCCAAGCACCUCCACUCGGGCAGACCUUGGGAUUUCAAGCACAAAAGAGCAAAGAACUGGACUUGGAGCCUCUAUGUCCGCCUGCAGAAGAAAAACACACAAAUCCACCAAGUGAAGAACCUGAAAUCACUUCUGAAAAAAAGGCCUCUACCACAGAGUCAGAGAGAAAGGAUGCUGAAUUAACGAUUUGUGACUCGACUGAAAUCAAAAAAGACAAACCUACAGACAUUUUAUUUGAGAAACCUGGUUCAAUUUCACCUGUCAGACAAGUACUGAACGCUCUCCAGUCAGCGUCAAGGGGCAGCCUUUCAUUAACGUCACACUCUCGGCAGUCUCCAGACACAGCAGAUUCAGACGACUCUCCUUCUGCCCUGGAAAUGGAGGACAUACCUGCAGGGACAUGUGUGACCUCUGAGGAUAUCAAGUCCAGGCCUCUGACUGGCCUUGCUGCACCCCCUGUCUCUCUUGCACAAAGACUGAAAAUAGCAUCAGAGGAUUUUGUCCUAGAUCACCAUCUGGACACAGCCUGCAACACCAGCCCUGAGGGCACCGACUUGGGCCUUUCUGAGGAGGAGCAUGAGAUGGAAAAUGUGCUUGCUGAACCGGAGUCUGCAGAGGUCGGAGGAGAUGCCAAAUUGGACGAAUCCUCAGAAGAACAAACCUAUUCUCAAGAAACACUGGACAUGUACCUGAUCAACUUGCAUCGCAUUGACAAAGAUGUCCGACGCUGCGACAGAGCGUAUUGGUACUUCACUCCUGAGAACCUGGAGAAGCUGCGUAACAUCAUGUGCAGUUACGUGUGGCAGCAUCUCGAUACAGGUUACGUCCAGGGCAUGUGUGAUUUGCUAGCUCCCCUACUGGUUAUUCUGGACGAUGAGGUCGUGGCAUUCAGCUGCUUCACUGAACUGAUGAAGAGGAUGAACCACAAUUUUCCUCAUGGAGGGGCCAUGGACUCUCACUUCGCCAAUAUGCGUUCUCUUAUCCAGAUCCUGGACUCUGAGCUGUUUGAACUGAUGCAGCAGAAUGGAGACUACACACACUUUUACUUCUGUUAUCGAUGGUUUCUACUCGACUUCAAAAGAGAAAUGGUGUAUGAUGAUGUUUACUCUGUGUGGGAAACAAUCUGGGCAGCAAAGUACAUCUCCUCCGAGCACUUUGUGCUUUUCAUUGCUCUGGCGCUUGUGGAGAUGUAUAGAGACAUCAUUCUAGAAAAUAACAUGGACUUCACAGACAUCAUCAAGUUCUUUAAUGAAAUGGCAGAGCGACACAACGUCCCGCAGGUCCUGAUGAUGGCUCGAGACUUGGUCAACAAAGUACAGACGCUCAUAGAGAACAAGUGACACAGCUGUUCUGCUCCCAUGUUUCUUUGUGCUAAAUUGUUUCAAGACACUGUAUAACAGUAAUUUAUUCAAAAGGAAAUACAUGUUUAUGAAAUGCAGUGAUUGGUAAGUCCAGUAUUCUAAGAUAGUUGUACAACAACUUAUUCCCAGCUGCUCCUCUCUACAUGUAUAUUCAGGGGAGAUGGAAAUAUUUUUAAUGUGAUAUUGUUCACCUAGUGAAUGUACCCUUGUUGGAAUUGCUUCAGGAUGUUAUUUAUUUUGCCUUAAAUUAAGCUAUUUUUUCAGGGAUCCAGCAACCAAAUUCUGCACUGUAUUGUUGCUUUUUGUUCAGUUAGACCAACAACAAAUCUUGUGAAGCACUUGAAUAUAUUUUAAAUACCAUUAUUUUUUUGCUGAAAUUGUAGCUCCCAUGACUAACCUUCUUGUGAGGAACUUGUAUAUAUUUUCAGUAAUUAUGUCUGCCAUUAUUAGAUGAUUUGGUUUUGUGAAAGUUAAAGGUAAAUUAGAGGAGUUUGUGUCUAAGUAGCAUGUGUGAUUUGCUUCUCAAAAGCCAUUUUAUGACAAAUUAGCGGCUUCUCUGAGGCUUGAUGGUACUCUUCCUGUGUUUGCCUCUGAUGCAUACAAGCUUGCAAGAGAUCCAGACCCAACCUGUGAUCUCUGUGCACUCCGGCACGAUUGCACAUAGUUUGCAUCUAAAUACCAUCUUUCCUCUGGUACCAAGUUCCUCAACAUCGUGCUCCUCUGACUUUGGCUAUGCAUUGUUUCUUUGUAGACUGGUUCUUGCUACUGGUUCAAUGCAGACACAUUUGUCUCACCUUAAAUAACACUAUGCUGCUCAGGCGGAAGAUUUCAGCUGUUGUUUUUUCACAACAUCAAGAUAGUACAGUGCCAACUGAUUUUACUUCCUUGCAGCAUUGUGGUAGCUGCUGUGAUGGUUGAUUUUCAGCUGGUGGUAAACUAAAAGUAUAACCUUGAUAACCCUGCAAUCAAUGUCAUGUUUUUCUUGUCCUGCCGUCUUGGUUGCCUUGUCUUUCAUACACUCUAGUCUUACAAUAACUGUAGAUAUUUCCUGGAGUAAAUGUGCAUUUCUCUUUAUUACCUCAAAAUCCCUGUGUUCAUGGCAGUUAAAAAAAAAGCUCUGCUCCUCAUGAUGUUAAAGAUCAUAAGUAUCACAUUUGGCUUUGACACUUUCCUCUGCUGCAUUUAGUUUCUUGUAUAGCGGGUGUGAAACAACCCUCUCCACCAGGGCGACCUCCUUAGUUUGAUCAGUUGAGAGAGUCGUAACUUGUGCUCAGUCCAUUGAAGUGCAUCUGUCUUUUGGCCAGACAGCAAUUGUAAGCAGAUUUAAUGUUGUACCCCUCCCACUCCAAAGUUUCUGUUUGCUGUACUGUAUUACAGUGCUACUUAGCUGUCAUAACUCCAUAUAUAUAUUUUUUAAUUUUUAGCUGUCCUUGUCAUUUAAAGAUUUGGUUUAGUGCUUGCUGGUCAGUGGCAUGUAGCCAUGCAGAUACAUUUGGUUUUAUAUGUGUAUGUUCACACCGCUGAAGCAGCUGCUGCUAAUCAAAUACAGUGAAGGUGAAUGGAAUUGUAUUUGUUCAGCUGAAAUGAUCAUAUAUUUAAAGAAACAAUGUUAGGUAAGAAAAAAUAGUUUUAAUUGGCUUAAAGGGGUCUGUGAUCUGAUCCGUUGAGCAGAUAUUCCAGAUGGAUGUCCUAAAUGUUCAACACAAAUACAAAGUCCUCUAUUUGACCCAAAGUAAGUCAGAGAAUAUGAUUUAUUGGUGCCACUCACAACUGCAAAAUAGCCAUAACUCACCCCAUGUUUGGUUCACAACAUCUUAACAAGUGUUUAGAUUUCACUGCUAAUGUCUCCAUGUGAUCUUCUAAAACAUGCCCGAGUAGUGCUCUUUGUGUAUUGCUGUGUUUGUUGUCAGAAGAUUUACUGUAAACAGUGUGUUUAGAAGAAACUAAGCUCGUACAUAGUUAUAUAAAUGCAAUACGAUGUCUGUAUAUGGGCUUUAUCUGACUAUAAUGAACAGAAAGAUAAAAAUAUGCCAUUGGAAAAAAAUAUAUUUUUAUUUUUUUCGUGUCCUCUCAAAUUGUCACCUGGUAAAAUUAA